AUGAUCCUCCUCUCUCUUCUUCUUCACCUUCUUCUUCAUCUCAUAAAUUCUUCUCCUUCUCUCGCUCUCUCUCCCGAUGGUCUCGCCUUACUCUCUCUCAAAUCCGCCGUCGAGCAAUCCUCCACCGCCUCUUCCUCCUCCGCUUUCUCCGACUGGAACGAGAACGAUUCCGAUCCUUGCCGCUGGUCCGGCGUCUCUUGUAUGAACACCUCCGACUCCUCCACUCCCCGCGUCGUCGGAAUCUCACUCGCCGUAAAGCAACUCCGCGGUUACAUCCCGUCGGAGCUAGGCUCGCUCGUCUACCUCCGCCGUCUCAACCUCCACGACAACGAGCUCUCAGGUUCGAUCCCGACUCAGCUCUUCAACGCGACGUCGCUUCACAGUCUCUACCUAUACCGAAACAAUCUCUCCGGCACUCUGCCGCCGUCGAUCUGUACCCUCCCGAGGCUCCAGAACCUCGAUUUGUCCGGAAAUUCGCUCUCCGGAGCUCUCUCUCCGGAUCUCAACAACUGUAAACAGCUCCAGCGACUGAUCCUCGCCGCUAACAAAUUCUCCGGCGAGAUUCCGGGAGAAAUCUGGCCGGAGCUGGAGAAUCUAGCUCAGCUCGAUCUCUCUUCAAACGAAUUCACCGGCUCGAUCCCUAGAGAUCUCGGCGAGCUCAAAUCCCUCUCCGGUACUCUCAAUCUCUCCUUCAACCACUUAACCGGCGAAAUCCCUAAAUCCCUCGGAAAUUUACCGGUCACCGUCUCUCUCGAUCUCAGAAACAACAAUCUAACCGGGGAAAUCCCUCAAACCGGGUCCUUCUCGAACCAGGGACCAACCGCAUUCCUCAACAACCCGAAACUCUGCGGAUUCCCUCUCCAGAAAUCCUGCAAAGACGCCGACCAAAACUCGCCGGAAAAUAAAAAACCGCCGGGGAAACGCAUGGAUUCCGCUAAAGGGCUAAGCACGGGGCUAAUCGUGCUGAUCUCCGUCGCGGACGCCGCGAGUGUAGCCCUAAUCGGGCUCGUGAUAGUUUACUUGUACUGGAAGAAAAAAGACGCAGACGGAGGAUGUAGCUGCACGGGGAACGAGAAACUCGGUGGUGGUGGUGGUUCGGAGAAAGGCAAAUCCUGCUGCUGCGUUUCUGGAUUCCCGAAAGAAGACGACUCGGAAGGUGAAGAUGGUAACGGGAGAGGAGAGGGGAAAGGAGAAGGAGAGCUUGUAGCGAUCGAUAAAGGCUUCUCGUUCGAGCUAGACGAGCUUCUGAGAGCUUCUGCCUAUGUUUUGGGGAAGAGUGGGUUGGGGAUAGUUUACAAAGUCGUGCUCGGAAAUGGAGUUCCGGUGGCUGUACGGCGACUUGGGGAAGGAGGAGAACAGAGGUAUAAGGAGUUUGUGGCUGAGGUUCAAGCGAUGGGGAAGGUGAAACAUCCUAAUGUGGUGAAGCUAAGAGCUUAUUAUUGGGCUCCUGAUGAGAAGCUGUUGAUCAGUGACUUCGUCAAUAAUGGUAGCUUAGCUGAUGCUCUCCGAGGAAGGAAUGGUCAACCAUCACCGAGCCUAACAUGGUCAACGAGAUUAAAGAUCGCAAAAGGAGCGGCACGUGGACUAGCGUAUCUACACGAGUGUAGUCCAAGAAAGUUAGUACACGGCGAUGUGAAACCAUCCAACAUCCUUGUCGACUCUUCCUUCACUCCUUACAUCUCCGACUUCGGUCUCACACGUCUCAUCACCAUCACCGCGGCUUCCUCCUCUUCCAACGAACCAUCCUCCUCCUCUGUUGCCGGAGGCGGUUUCUUAGGCGGGGUUCUCCCUUACGCUUCCGUUAAACCCUCCGAUAGAUCUAGCGGAUACAAAGCUCCCGAGGCUCGUCUCCCUGGAAGCAGACCCACUCAGAAAUGGGACGUGUACUCGUUUGGUGUCGUGCUCAUGGAGCUUCUUACCGGGAAAUCGCCGGAUUCGUCUCCGAUUAGCUCGUCCUCGUCGUCAACGGUGGUUGUUGAGGUGCCGGAUUUGGUGAGGUGGGUGAGGAAAGGGUUUGAGGAAGAGACUCCGUUGUCGGACAUGGUUGAUCCGAUGUUGCUUCAAGAAGUUCAGGCUAAGCAACAAGUCUUGUCUGUUUUUCAUCUCGCUCUUGCUUGUACUGAAGGUGACCCUGAAGUUCGUCCACGUAUGAAGAAUGUCUCCGAGAACAUUGACAAAAUCUGA